AUGAAAUCUGUGGAGGAGACAAAGAGAUCUCUGACAGUUGCCCCCUUUGAGUGCGCGUGGGGCGAGGAGCUUCGCUUCGGGGAGCCUGGCCGUGGCUGCAUCGCCUUCGAGGCAUCAGCCCAGAAUGAUGUCACCCUGGUCUUCCGCCACCAGCUUGGGAGCCAGCACUACCACUACAAGACGGACACCAGCCGCCACUACACCGUCAUCUUGGGUAGCCAUAGGAACAAACGGCUCAAGAUCGAAGUAGAUGGAAGCACUGCUGUUGAUGUUGCUGCCGUCGGCCUCUGCUGCUCCUCGUCUUUCCAGAGCUACUGGAUCAGCAUCUAUGACGGAUACAUAAGCAUCGGCCAAGGAAAGCAUCCAAGCAACAAUCUCCUCUUCCAAUGGCUUGAUCCUGAUCCCAACCCACAUGUUCAGUAUGUCGGCCUAUCCAGCUGGGACAAGCAUGUAGGGUACAGAAACAUAAGCCUUCUUCCAUCAGCUCCCCCAAAUAGCAUAUUUUGGACUCAAAUUGAGUAUGCCAAUGUCCACUGGGUUGCUGACGCCGGAGACUAUGCGAGGAAACGACUGUCGAGAGAUGAUUGUGAUCAAAGGGUACUUGCAGACUUUCUAGAGAACUGGGAUUUCUCUGAUGCUGUAUUUGUCGUUGGCGCUGAAAGAAGGGUCGUCCCUGCACACAAACUUGUCUUGUGUGCCUCUGGAGAUUUCCCUUUUGAAAUAGGGGAUGGAGCUACCAUUGUGCUUCCAUCAGCAUCCUACCCUGUUCUCCACUCCCUUCUUGAGUAUAUCUAUACAGGUUCGACACAGAUUGCUGAAUGGUUACUAAGUUCUCUGCUGGAGUUGAGCUCGCAGUUUAAAGUUGAACCACUGGUGAAGUGCUGUAAAGAAAUCAUUGGCUGUUUAGAAGUGGAUAAGACACCUUCUGAUUCUGGAAAAAUCUUAAUAAAAUUACCAAAAAGCGGACUCCAAGAUCAUAAAUUUGACUCCUCUCCACUCAAAGCACCAAUGAAUGUGCAGAAAGUUGGAGAGUUCCUUGCAAAUGGUGAACAUAGUGAUAUAAAUAUCUAUGUUAAUGGACAUGGUCUUGUCGCUAAGGGUCACAAGAUUAUCCUUAGCCUGUGGAGCGUGCCACUUGCCAAGAUGUUCACAAACGGGAUGAAGGAAAGCAGUGCCACGGAUAUCUUUUUCGGAGAUGUUCCUCCUGAACCAUUCUUUCUCCUCCUUCAGUUUAUGUAUCACGGGGAACUUAAGUUGGAUACUAGGGAUACUACAUCAAUGUUGGUUCAACUUCUUCUACUAGCAGAUCAGUUCGUCAUCACUGUUCUUCAGUUUGAAUGCUGCAAACAAAUAAUGGAAUACCUUUCAGAGGACACUGUAUGUUCAGUCUUACAGGCAGUUUCAUCAAUCCCAUCUUGUAAACUGCUUGAAGAAGUAUGCAAGAGGAAUUUUGCUACGCAUUUUGAUUAUUGCACAACUGCUUGCACGGACUUUGUAUUGUUAGAUGAGGCAACAUUUAAGGAUAUUCUUGAGCAUGGUGAUAUGACUGUAACGUCGGAAGAGAGGGUUCUGGAUGUCAUUUUAACAUGGUGCAUGGGAGCUUGCGAAACUUUUCACUGGACUUCAGUAGAUGAGCUCUUGAGAACUUCAACACCAGAGCAGCUCUUUGGAGAGAGGCUUUCCGCCAUCAAUACUUUGCUACCAUUAGUGAGGUUCCCUUUGAUGCAGCUGUCUAUACUAAAGAGGAUGGAGAGAAGUAAUCUAGCAAGCCACAUACAAGCAUUCAGACAGUUGGUUGCAGAGGCCAUUGAAUUCUCUCAUGCUGGACAAUUGAUGCCUACAUCAUACGAAUGUGAGAGAUUUCAGCAUAGGCGCUCGAGCUAUAAAGAGCUGCAGUAUAUCUCUGAUGGUGAUAACAACGGUGUUAUCUACUAUGCUGGAACAUCAUUCGGAAAACAUCAGUGGAUGAAUCCUGUGUUAACCAAGAAUAUCACUGUGGUGGCAAGCAGUCCAAAUGCAAGGCACACGGAUCCAAAGGCUUUGGUUUCAAAGAAUUACCAGGGGACAUGUUUUGCUGGGCCUUGUAUUGAAAAUGGCACGAAGCUUUCUUGGUGGAUGGUAGACAUCGGACAGGACCACCAGCUGAUGUGCAACUACUACACGGUGAGGCAGGAUGGCUCCACGACAUUCAUGAGGUCUUGGGCUCUUCAGGGAUCCAUGGACGGCCGGAACUGGACAAGCCUCCGUGUCCACGACGACGACCCUACCAUUUGCCAUCCAGGCCAGUUCGCCUCUUGGCCCAUCGUUGGCCCGGCGGCCCUUCUGCCCUUCCGAUUCUUUAGGGUCGCCCUGACAGGCCCGGCCGCCGGCUGUACGUGGAACCUCUGCAUUUGCUUCCUCGAGCUCUACGGCUACUUCCGUUAG